AUGAAGGCUUAAGAUAACUCUUUUAGAUUACCUGCCUUAAAAUUAUAGCCAAGAGAAUAUAAAUUUAAUCUAAGCUAAGAAUCUAUUGAAUAAAACUAAAGUAAAGAAACAAUACAGUAGAAUGGUUUUAAUCAUUAUAAUCCUUCACCAAUUAGACAUAGAAAUAAAAUUAUGUCUGUUUCAGUUUAUAAUAGCUAAGAGAAGAUAAAACCAACUAAUUAAACUAAACAUUUUCAAAAUAGCGAAUUUAUUACUUGUUAAAACACCAAUAAUAGUAUUUCAGUUGUCUAAACUGUUAGAAGAUAUAGAAGCAAACUUAAAAAACUUGUUUAACAUAAUUAAAAUAGAAGUGAAAUCAAUUCUAGAGAUCCAAGAUAUUUCUUUUUUAAAGAGCCUUCAGCUUCCAUUAAAUUAAAUAAUCUCUAAGAUAAUACAAAGUAAGUAGAUAAACUUUUGGAAGAAAGAAUUAAGUAACUUAUGACUAAAGUUUAAAUGCUCAUUUCUUCAUAAUCUUUCUAUUAAUAAAAGAAAUAUUAAGUUCAUCUAAAUGUUAAUCUUGUAAAAUUGUAAGAUGAAUAUGAUGUAUUAUUUUAAGAUUUCAAUGAAUUCUAUUUCUCAUCAAAAAGAAUAGAUUGUAUAUAUAUUAUUCUAAUUAUUAGCAUAAAUAAAGAAUUUAUUGAAUCAUAUGUAGAUUAUUAAAAAAUUAUUAAGUCCACUUUAAAAACCAUAUGGAAUGUGUUAAAAAUCAAGUUAAUCUUUACAUUAAAAUAUAUAUGAUUCAAUAUAAGAAGAAACAAAAGAAUCAGCAACUUAAAGAAUUGAUAAUUCUUAAAUAUAAGGUAGAGUAGAUAUUGAUAAUUUUGAUGAUUAAAGUGAAGAUGAUGAUUUUAAUCAAGAUGAUAUAAAUUCCUAUGAUGAAAAUGAUAAUAAUAUAGAUGGAUAACCAUUUAAAAAUAAUAGACAAUCAUCUAAUAAAAAAAUGAAAAACACUAAGUCAAGAAGUAAGAUAAAAUAAUAAGGUACUAUGGACUCAGAUUAAACAAAAGAGAGUUAAGAUUAGGAAUCUAUAAAAUUUGAUGAUUAAGGAAAUUAAAUUAUAUCACCUAAUAAAAGGAGAAGAAAAAUAUCUUAAAUUUCUAAUAAUGCUAAUAAUAUUGAAAAUUAAUAAGAAGAUUUAUAAGAUGGAGAUAAUUAAGAUUUCUCAGAAAAUGGAUCAAAAUAAAAAAAUUAACUUGGCAAAAUAGCCAGUAGAAGGAGAACUGUAAUUAAAGCAGAUGGAUCUUAUUAAUCUGAGGAUGAGUAACAUUCUGGAAAUGAUAAUGAGAUGGUUAUACAAGAAGAAGAAUUAAGUGAAAAUGAAUAAGAAUCUGAAGUUAGAAAUUUAAAGAAUAAAGAUAAAGAAUAUAAUACAUAAAAAUAAGUCCAAUUUUAACAUUCUUUUAAUAAAGAAAUUCUAAUAUAAAAUUAAGAGGAUGAUUUUUAGGAUAAUGAAGGUCCUUAAUCUUUCCGUUAAGAAAGGUUUUUAAUUUAACAUCCCAAUCAUGAAAUUAUUAGUGUUUCUUUACUUGAUAGAUUUAUAAAUUUAGAUAAUAUCUAUGAUUAUAAAUUUUUAUAAAGUUGGAAUUAUCAUAUAGCUUAAAUUAGAUAGGCUAAGUUUCUUGAUGAAUUUGAUAUUUGA